UUGGGGGAGGAAGAAAGGAGAGUUAUUAUGAAUGGGUACAGAGUUUCAGUUUUGCAACAUAUAAAGAGUUCUAGAGAUGGGUGGUAGAGUGAUGGUGGCAAACCAGUGUGAAUAUACUUAAUGCCAAAGCAAUGAACAAUUUAAAAAUUGUUAAAAUGGUAACCUUUAUGUUAAGUAUAUUUUAUCAACUUAAAAAUUGUUUUUAUUGCUUUUCCCCCAGCUGGUGUUAGUGCAGGAGAGGAAGCAAUCGGUGUCACUAAUGACUUAAUUGUCUCUGGUGUACCUGAAGGAUACCCAAUGAAGGUACAGAAGAGAUUUUGGAGCCCAGAGCCCCACUUAGCUUAAUGUCUCUAUCUCGGAGUAUUUCCAUUAGACCCUCAUCAGCUAAUAAGAAAAGAGAGAAAAACAAUUUGAGAGUUAUUCUGCUAUAUGUUAUAUACCUACUCAUGUAAUAACACUAAAGAUUUCAUUCAUUAGGUUAUGGUAACACAUGGCAAACUAGCAGCAGGAGCAGUCUGGGUUUUUUUGGGUUUUUUUGUUUUUUGGCUGCGUUGGGUCUUUGUUGCUGUGUGCAGGCUUUCUCUAGUUGCAGCGAGUGGCGACUACUCUUCAUUGCAGUGUGCAGGCUUCUCAUUGUGGUGGCUUCUCUUGUUGCGGAGCACAGGCUCUAGGUGCACGGGCUUCAGUAGUUGUGGCUCACGGGCUCUAGAGCACAGGCUCAGUAGUUGUGGCGCACGGGCUUAGUUGCUCCGUGGCACGUGCUUUGCCACCAGGGAAGUCCCAGGAGCAGUCUGGUUUUUAAAUAAAAGAUCUCUAACUUAAAAAAAUCUCUAAGCCCUUGAUUUUGAAUAUUUAAAUGUUGAUCAGUACAUAUGUAUAUAUAUAAAACUUUUGUAAGGCAUAAACUACUAUAUUAUUUCAAGGAAUGUUAGAGCAUGUAUGAAUACCAAGUCUUGAGGAUCUUGGGCUUUUGUACAAUACAAGGUAUGUUUGUUUAAAUAUUUAAAUUUUGGGACUUCCCUGGUGGUCCAGUGGUUAAGAAUCUGCCUUCCAAUGCAGGGGACAUGGGUUCGAUCCCUGGUUGGUGAAAUAAGAGCCCACAUGCUGCAGGGCAACUAAGCCUGCACACUGCAACUACUGAGCCCAUGCACUCUGAAGCCCGAGCGCCACAACUAGAGAGAAAAGCCUGUGUGCUGCAAAAAAAGAUCCCGCGUGCCACAUCUCAGACCUGAUGCAGCCAAAAAUAAAAAUAAAUAAAUAUUUGAAACAAAAAAAAUUUUAAUUUAAAACUCUCAUUAAAACGCCUUAAUAAAGACAAUUCCAGAAUCUUCAACUGAUUUGUGGAAAUAAAUGAAAGUAGUGUAAUAUUCCUAUUAAGAAGUUAUGAAAAUAAGCUUGCUUCCCAGAAGAUGCAGUGUUGAUUUGGUGAGAUGCCACCCUGUCUAUGAAUAUGCCUGAUUUGCAUAUUUAAGGCCAUCUAUAAAUGCUGUUCUCUAAGACCUUAUCUUUGUCUAAGACAUCCUAAUGAACCUACAUAUUGUUUAGUAAUGAAAAUACUGUAAUACACUUCAGGACUUCCCUGGUGGUGCAGUGGUUAAGGAAACGCCUGCGAAUGCAGGGGACACAGGUUUGAGCCCUGAUCCGGGAAGAUCCCACAUGCCGCGGAGCAACUAAGCCCGUGCGCCAGAACUACUUAGCCUGCGCUCUAGAGCCCGUGUGCCACAACUACUGAAGCCCGCGUGCAGCAACAAAAACCCAACACAGCCAAUAAAUAAAUAAAUUUAUUUAUUUAAAAAAAUUAUCAACCUGCCAAUUCAGGGGACCCCGGUUUGAGCCCUGGUCCAGGAAGAUCCUACAUGCCACAGGAGCAACUAAGCCUGUGCGCCACAACUACUGAGCCUGUGCUCUACAGCCUGUGAACCACAACUAUUGAGCCUGCAUGCCUAGAGCCCGUGCUCUGCAACAGAAGCCACCACAACGAGAAGCCCACGCACUAUAACAAAGAGUAUCCCCUGCUCGCGGCAACUAGAGAAAGCCCAGCUGCAGCAGUGAAGACCCAAUGCAGCCAAAAAUAAAUAAAUAAUAUUGCAAUACACUUCAGAACCUUUGAAAAGAAGCAACAUUAAACACUGGAAGUUUUCUUUGCAGAAAUUGUUCAUGGUUUCAACUAAGUGGGUGCCUCAUUUUUCAUAAAUUCUAGAAGAAAAACCAACACUUAUUGAAUCUUUACAUUUUAGGCACAGUGUAAGCACUUAAUUAUUCUAAUCAACAAAUAUUUAUUGAAGCGUUCUAGGUCCUUCGCAGUUUAUCUCAUUUCAUCCUCACACAGUCCUAUGAAAUACUAUUAUCCCCAUUUUGCAAAGAGGGAAAAGUUCUCAGAGAAAAGUUACACAACUAAUGAAUACUAAAAUGGGGCUUCUACUGUGGAGUUCAAACCCACAGCUCUAAACCGUCAAAUCCGGGAGAAUAAACGCUUCCCAAUUCUGUUAGUCAAAGCAGUCAUCCCCCAGAAGCCUCGCGAUAUUACUCGAACUACUACUCCCAACGUGCAAAGCGGUUUCUGUGAAGCCGCCUAAGCGGCAGAGGCCGGAGGGCCUCGGCGUUCCUCGAGGCGCGGAAGGCAACCUGGGAGCCGUAGUUCUUCUGGACGCCUACCGGUAUUGCCAGCGCGGCGGUGGCGGAUCGCUCGGUUCCAGCCAGUAGGUACUGUGAGGGCGAGCUGAAGCGGAGAAAGGGCGCGGAACUGGAAACGGGUGAGUCAGGCACUGUCUGCGCGUUAAACAGAGGCGGCAUCGCGGCGUAGGGUUGAGUUAAGUUAGCGCGGCCCCCGCGCAGUCUCUUUAGGGACACCGCGGUCUUAGCGUCAGCGAGCAGAGGGUGAGGAGGCGCCAGAGCCCGGUCCUUGCACCCGUACUCGUCCUCAGCUCUCCGCCAGCAUCUCCACCAUGCAGUCCCGGGAAGAAGCUCCGCGCUCUCGCCGCCUUGCCAGUCCCCGCGGCGGAAGGCGGCCCAAGAGGCUUUCCAAGCCCUCGGUUUCGGCUUUUUUCACGGGCCCGGAGGAGCUGAAGGACACGGCCCAUUCCGCAGCCCUGCUGGCCCAGCUCAAGUCCUUCUACGACGCGCGGCUGCUCUGUGAUGUGACCAUCGAGGUGGUCACGCCUGGCAGCGGGCCUGGCACGGGCCGCCUUUUUUCCUGCAACCGUAACGUGCUGGCUGCCGCGUGUCCCUACUUCAAGAGCAUGUUCACCGGCGGCAUGUACGAGAGUCACCAGACGAACGUGACCAUGCACGAUGUGGAUGCCGAGUCCUUCGAGGUGCUGGUCGAUUACUGCUACACGGGUCGUGUGUCAUUAAGUGAAUCCAACGUGCAGCGCCUGUACGCCGCCUCCGACAUGCUGCAGCUCGAGUAUGUGCGUGAAGCCUGUGCCUCCUUCCUAGCCCGCCGCCUUGACCUGGCCAACUGCACGGCCAUCCUCAAGUUCGCCGAUGCCUUCGACCAUCACAAGCUGCGAUCACAGGCCCAGUCGUUUAUAGCCCACAACUUCAAGCAGCUCAGCCGCAUGGGUUCGAUUCGGGAGGAGUCUCUGGCAGAUCUGACCCUGGCCCAACUGCUGGCCGUCCUGCGCCUGGACAGUCUAGACGUCGAGAGUGAGCGGACAGUGUGCCACGUGGCGGUGCAGUGGUUGGAGGCGGCUCCCAAGGAGCGGGGUCCCAGCGCUGCAGAAGUCUUCAAGUGUGUCCGCUGGACACACUUCACUGAUGAAGAUCAGGAUUACCUGGAAGGGCUGCUGACCAAGCCCAUUGUGAGGAAAUACUGUCUGGACCUUAUCGAAGGAGCCCUGCAGAUGCGGUAUGGUGACAUGUUGUACAAGUCUCUGGUGCCAAAGCCAGAGAGCAGCAGUGGCUGCAGCUCUCUUGUGUCCAUGGCAGAAAAUCCACCCCAGAGGCUGGGUAUGUGUGCCAAGGAGAUGGUGAUCUUCUUUGGACAUCCCAGAGAUCCCUUUCUGUGCUAUGACCCAUACUCAGGGGACAUUUACACAAUGCCAUCACCUUUGACCAGCUUGGCUCACACUAAGACUGUCACCUCCUCAGCUGUCUGUGUCUCUCCAGACCAUGACAUCUAUCUGGCCGCCCAGCCCAGGAAAGACCUCUGGGUGUAUAAACCAGCCCAGAAUAGUUGGCAGCAACUUGCUGACCGCCUGCUCUGCCGUGAGGGCAUGGAUGUGGCAUACCUCAAUGGCUACAUUUACAUUUUGGGUGGGCGAGACCCUAUUACUGGAGUUAAAUUAAAGGAAGUGGAAUGCUACAGUGUUCAGAGGAACCAGUGGGCCUUAGUGGCUCCUGUACCGCAUUCCUUCUAUUCCUUUGAACUAAUAGUGGUUCAGAACUAUCUUUAUGCUGUGAACAGUAAGCGCAUGCUCUGCUACGAUCCUAGCCAUAAUAUGUGGCUGAACUGUGCUUCUCUUAAACGCAGUGACUUUCAGGAAGCCUGUGUCUUCAAUGAUGAGAUCUAUUGUAUCUGUGACAUCCCAGUCAUGAAGGUGUAUAACCCAGCCAGGGGAGAAUGGAGGCGCAUUAGUAAUAUUCCCCUGGACUCUGAGACCCACAACUAUCAGAUUGUUAAUCAUGGCCAAAAGUUGCUCCUCAUCACUUCUACAACCCCACAAUGGAAAAAAAACCGGGUGACUGUGUAUGAAUAUGAUACUAGGGAAGACCAAUGGAUUAAUAUAGGUACCAUGUUAGGUCUUUUGCAGUUUGACUCUGGGUUUAUUUGCCUCUGUGCUCGUGUUUAUCCUUCCUGCCUUGAACCUGGUCAGAGUUUCAUCACUGAGGAAGAUGAUGCACGGAGUGAGUCUAGUACUGAAUGGGACUUAGAUGGAUUCAGUGAACUGGACUCUGAGUCAGGAAGUUCAAGUUCUUUUUCUGAUGAUGAAGUCUGGGUACAGGUAGCACCGCAGCGAAAUGCACAGGAUCAGCAGGGUUCUUUGUAAAUAUUUUGAAAUACUAAGAUGUUUCUACUGCUAUGGAAUAUAUCUUAAAAAGAUGUCCUUUUCUUUUCUGGAAAAAAAAAAAUUGAUUAGGGCUGCACAUUUGGCUUAGAAAGGGUAAUGUGUGAAUUGCUAAUGUCAUGUUACAAAGUUUAAACAGUCCGUGAAAUCAACUAUAUAAUGAUAUACUGUGCAGAAGGUCCAGAUUAAAGUAUGCAAAACAAUGAACCAUAUAAUUGAUUAGAAUGCUUGGUAGUUUUCUUCUUUGUUCAAGUAUUUGUUGCACCAGUGAAUCGUUUUGAUUAGUUACACUGUUUAUAUUUUGAUUAUCUAAUUUAGUCUUGUUAGUUUUUAAAUUCUAUUUAGUGUUGUGAGGAAAUUAGCUUUUUAAUUUUUAUAUAGAAAAUUGGACUAGAAAUUGUUGGUAGGGUUUUGAAGGUUUAUAUCUUCCUUCAGAAUAAUGAAAGUAGUAGAUUUCCCAAAUUUUCAAAUAGUCAGUUUUUAGGAUUCUAAGUUAAUACAGUUUGUUAAAAUUUGGUUUGGUGUUCUUCUCUUCUGCAAAGAAAAAAAUUGGACAUAUCUAUUAAGGUUAUUAAAGAGUGAUUUCAUUUUGAUAAUGUGCAGAAUGGUCUUAAGCACUCACAGAAAGUAAAAAAAAAAUCAGGAUUCCACUGUUUUAAAAGAAAUUUCAUUUUUAUUUUUGGAAUAUAAAAUGUGUAUUUGCUAAAUAUGACCAUUUUUCUGUCUUAAAAAAGACCCAUUCUGGUAGCAUGACCAACUAUUUAGACCCUUCUAAACCAAAAGCAAUAGGUAAGUUGCCAUAUUUUUUCAUCUAUAUCUGAUACAUGCUUCGUUGAAUCAGGGGAACAAUCGUUUUUUCACUGGACAUGUGAUUGGGUAAUGUAAAUUUUUAUCCGUUGGUCAUGCCUUGUCUUAAAACGUUUAUAUGCUCUCCUACAACAUUUUGGCUGUAUAGUUUUGCUGUUUGUCUUAGAGGAUUCUUUAGCAGGAAAUGACUUUUGUGAGUCGAUACUGGUUUUGAAAAUAUGUAUAAGCUAAAAACAGUGUUUUAUUGAGAUCAGUAGUAGUUAUUGUGUCUAUCAUAAAAUCCAGUGCCAGAAGAGAACUUUAAAACUUUAAGCUGUGUAUAGAAUUGUUUUAUGUAGCGUUGAAAUUUUCUGUCAGUUUUGUAAGUCACUGUAAAUGAUUAUCAGCUUGAAGCUAUUUUUGUAUUAAAAGUUGACAGUUAAAGAACAUAAGUGGAUGAUAGCGUUUGGGGCCAACAGUGAAAGUAUGUUUCCUCUAAAAUACUUCCCUAAGCAGUGGUGUACAUGGUUAUUUUAUUAGGUUAUUUGUAUCUGUCCUAUAUUUCUCUGUGAACCAUGCUCCAGUCUGUUUUUUGUUUGUUUUGUAUCACCAUAAUAAGAGAAGGUCUAGGAAUAGAGACUAAAUUGCACAAAAUUGACAUUGUUAAAUACGAGAACAUAUAGGUGCUUACUUUUGAGGGUCUGUUAAUACAUAUGGUUGUCACAAUACAUAUACACGAUAAAUGGUGUAUAUAUACAGAUGCUUAUGUUCUAUAAAUUUUUCUAUACCCACUUAGUUUAUCUUCUUGAAUCUUUGUUCAGUAACAUGCUAAUUCCUCUUCUAUGUUUAUUCUCUAGUGACCAAAUGCUAACAUAUUUUCACACUGGCAGAGUACUGAGGUGUGAAUUUUGAAUAAGAAAAGGGAGGGAGAGAGAAAAGGGUUUAAAAAAGCCAAACACACAAAUAAUGUUUUCUUAGCCAUUUUGAUUGGCCACCUGAAGAGUCCACAGGACAUUUCUGUUCAGCAUUAUUUAGUGAAAUAAGAUUCUCACCCUAGCAGCAUGUGUUCCUUCAAAACAGCAAACAUGCUUUAGUUUUGUUUGUCCCAUAUCAGGGGUGUCAACAAGCGCUGCUCUUAACAUGGAAAGCUGUAUCUUAAUAGUAUUUUUCGACCGACUUUUCUUCACCAAUAACUUCUUGUUGAUAGCUUUUUGUUUUGUAAGGUCAAAAUAGGACAAUGCUGGUCUCAACCACAUUAUCCAUCUACAGAAUUAGGGUAUGCAACCAGCUGAUAAGAGACAGAUUCUCUAAUGUGUCAUUCUCAACCUCUGAGUUAGGUAUAAGCUAAUUAGUAGGAAAAUAUUGGUUUACAAAGAGCUUUUCUUAGAAAGGAUUUUGGUUUCAUGAUAUGUUUGUGAAUUAGGGAAUAGAUGUUAAUUAACCUUUAUUUUAUAGAUAAGUGAUUUGUACAUGGUUAGUUACAAAUAAAACUGGCACUAGAACCCCA